AUGUCAGAAGAAACAUUUAUGUCAGUGAAUGAUCAGGCAAUUAAAAUUGAACCACCAGAAUAUUCAGCAGAAGGCAUUAAUCGCGAAAAUGAAGUGGAAUUUGAUGACCUUGAUGCUAUCGUUAAAUCUGAAUCGUGUUCUGAGGAUGAUGAUACGUGUUUAGAAAGAUUCAAGAACUCCGAGGUGACAAUUGAAGAUGAAGUCAAACAGGAGUCUUUCGAUUGUGAAAUUUGUAAUCAAUCAUUUGCAGAAUCGCAUCAUCUAACAAAACAUAUGGUUGAUCAUAUGCCUAACCCUAGUGAAGAACGUCCUUACAAGUGUGAAAUCUGUCAAAAGACUUUCAAACAAUCAAAAGGGUUGAAAGCACACACGGUCAUUCACAGUAGUGAGCGUCCACAUAAAUGCAAUGAAUGCAAUAAGACAUUCACACUAUUAGGACAUCUGAAAUAUCACAUGCUCAUUCACAGUGAAAGACACAUGCUCGUUCACAGUGGUGAGCGUCCCUAUGAAUGCCAUGUAUGCAAUAAGAGAUUUACACAAUUAGGUACUCUGAAAAGACAUAUGAUGAUUCAUACAGAUUAG